ACAUUUAUCAGGGAUACAAACCGGCAUUUAAACAAGAUCAACUUAACUCAACCUAACCUAAUUUUUAUAAUUAUACGUAAAUAAGACGAAACCGAAAAUGUCCAAGCCUAUAACAUUUGUGACGGGAAACGCGAAAAAAUUAGAAGAAUUGAUCGCUAUUUUGGGCACUACUUUCCCCCGCCAAAUAACUAGUAAGAAAAUAGAUCUUCCCGAACUUCAAGGGGAAUUAAAUGAUAUUUGCGUUAAAAAGGCGACUGAAGCUUAUCGAAUAGUGCAAGGACCGGUUAUUGUAGAAGACACUUGUUUGUGUUUCAACGCACUCAAAGGAUUACCAGGUCCGUACAUCAAAUGGUUUUUGGAUAGGUUGGGUCCAGAGGGAUUGUACAAAUUGUUGGCUGGAUUCGAAGAUAAAUCAGCACAAGCUGUUUGUACUAUUGCUUAUCAUCCAGGCGGUGAAGAAGACAAAAUAAUCUUGUUUCAAGGCAAGACUGAUGGAAAAAUUGUGGAACCUCGAGGCUCCAGAGAUUUUGGUUGGGACCCGUGUUUUUUACCAGAUGGCUAUGACCAAACCUAUGCGGAAAUGCCGAAAAGUGAAAAAAAUAAAAUUUCUCAUAGGUAUAGAGCUCUAGAUCUGUUUAGGAAACAUUUUGUGUAAUUGGUUUAGAACAAAUUAUAGGGUUAUAAAUUUUGUAAAUAAACAGUUUAUGGAUGA